GUAGAUUGAAAGAGGUAACAAUGAGAAGAUAGCUGAAAGGUAUUGAGUCCUAGCAAAGACCUCCAAAACUCAUCUCGUCCAAUAUCAAUCAGAGACAAUCUACCCGAGGUAUGCGAUUCGCAAAUUUAGAUAGAGAAUGAUUUAAUUCCAUACAGGUACUUAUCAUUUUUCGAAUGUGUUAGGAUUUGACAUAAACCAUGCGUUAUCUCGUGAAACCCAAGAAUCAGCCAGGUCUUUGGCUCACAUUGUUUGGUUCUCCAGCGCGGAUCAAUGCAUUUGUACGACAUAACAUGUCCUGUUCCCGCAAUGGAUGUGUGUUGCAGCGCCCGACGCAAGCGGUAUGAUGGUGAAAUAGAAAAUUGCACAACUGUCAGACUUACUACCAACUGAUCAAGAUUGAACCCGGUGUUAUGGUGGUUGAAUCCAUUGGCUAAAGGAGAUAUAUCUUGGCAGAGGGCGCGAAUCGCUCAGUAUUGUGAAAAUAUGCGGGGUAAAUGUAUGGCCUUGCACAGAGUUACCUCCUACUGUCAGCAUUAAGCGCAUUUAUAAUCGAAGAGUUAAAUGAUGAUGUGCAUUUUCCUGUUUCCAAACGACAUUUAACAUAGUUCUGAUGGCGCCUGCAGUGUAUCCAGCGAUCAAAGCCUUUAAAGACUUCUGGUGCAUGUAUAGAGUUGCAAUGUACAGCAACUUCUUGCAUCUGGACGAUUGUUGAUGAAUGCUUCAUAACGCCACAAUCCUUCGAAGUGGGGGCUGAGCAUUAUGACAGGCCGUGUCGAAUAUCAUGCUUAAAGCAUGAGGCGGUCAACGAUAUGGCGGCAUAUAAGCUUUCUGUAUGACAUACGUACUCAUGGCUUCCAAAAAGACGAUGUAGUAAUUGACUGCAUAUGCAUCUGCAACAAGAGGACGGAGAGUAAUAACCGAAAGAUAGCUUAAUUCCAGUACAAAACAAGUUUGAUUUUUGAGUGGAUUUCAGCAAAUCGUCCUCUUGCGUGGUUUAUUGCGACGAUUUGUUAAUUAAAUCUUGACUAUGAACACUCAACUUGCUUCCUUCAUGCUGUAACCAAUUCAAAGCUGGCUUGAGAAAUUCGUCCUAUCACCUUGAUUUGCCCCUUCACCGAAUGGCUCCGCGGCUGGGGCCACAGAAAGAAGGGCCAAGUGACUCAAUUCGUUGUGUGGCCUCUCGUGGUUUGUUGAUGAAAGAAAGGCAGAAGGUUUGCAAAGUGGUUUGCAUCUUGCCUUGCUAAAAUUUGCGAAGAAACUCAUCAAUCCAUGGUCCCCACUUCUUGAAUAGAGAAAAUUCCAACUAGGAUGUUCUUAAUAGCCUGACAUCCUUUCUGGUCAGAAUUGGAUGUCUCGCCAUGUCUUGAUUUUUAGUAGUUCAUACUUUUGCAGAAAUCGCAUAAUGUAUCAAAAGGGUGCGAGGGCGUGUAUAGUGUAUUUGUGGAUGUAACACUCGGUGACACGCCAUAUUGAUCGAUUGGUCUAUGUUACUAUGAGCAUAUUGAUUUUUCAGGAAUAUGCCCGUCAAAUCCGCCUUGUAGCUGAGAGUGAGAGAUGUUGAGCCUCAGAGACCGGGCGGCACAGCCUUCUUCAUUGACCUUGAAACUAUGCAUAAGCCAAAGCCUUAUCGCAUGACAAAGUAAACUCGGGCGCUAAAAACGGCACGUAGCUUCUUGAUAGAAUAGUCCGUUCACUAAACUAAAAUGCGUAAUUGGAUUGGGGAUUGUUCACACGGUCUUGCUGUUUCGCUGUUUUGUGAUACAGGUACUCGGUGGCUGUUAGUCGGUUGUGUAACAUCCACCACAUCUUUUCAUUGUACCCCUCCAUUCCUGCAAUUCAACCUAGUGGAAGUCCUUUAAUGUAAAGCUCCGCAACUCUUUUCUUUUCGUUAAUCAGGUUUUCCACGAAGCUUCGCUUUACAAGCCACUGUUACGGUGUCCAGAAGGAACUGGGCCCCAACCCAGAGUUUUGACUUCUAGUUAUAGCCGUGCCAUCGCCCCUAUUUUCUUCUGUAGUUCGUUUAUCGAAUUUGAUGUCAGUGAUACUUUCACCAACGCUCCACCUUACUACUCACGUCUAAUAUCAACACGAUACAGUUACUCUCACCUUUCAAAAUGAACCAUCCACAGACUAGAGGCCCUCAGCCUCCACCUCCCGGUAAGCUACUUGGUGAAUUCUCCCCAAUCUUUGACACUACUAACACGACGUUAGUGGCAAUGGGGCGGGGUGCCCCUGGUCCAGCUCCUCCUCCUCCAGGUUUUCAAGGUCCUCCUGCGGGCUUUCAGGGUCCCCCUCCAGGUUUUCAAGGUCCCUCUCCGGGCUUUCAGGGGCCCCCUCCAGGGUUUCAAGGUCCUCCUCGGGUUCACCAAGGCCAUCCAGGUCAAGGUGGUCGUGCUCCACCUCCGCCACAAAUGCAAAUGCCUAUGCGUCCACGACAUGAGUCUUCUUCGCACAUAGUUGACCUAAACGCUACAGAGAAACGACCACUUGACGAUGCAGCGUGCAGAAAAUUAUUGACGACAUAUACGGUCCAUUCGAUCAGAAAAGUUGUUCCGACUGGAAAGGAGAAAUCCACCUGGGCGAAGGCUGUGUUAACUGAAGAGCCCUUAUCACAAGAGGAUAUUGCUGCGCAGUUGAAAAAAUUGAGAAACUCCCCACAAACUAUAGCAGAUAAAAAGGCAGCAUUGUUUCCUAAUCAGCAGUGUCAAGUCAAUAGGCUCUUGGAUCGAUUGAAAAGCGAGGAACCUGAUCAACACUUUGAUUGGUCCCUUGUCCAGCUUGACAGAAAAGAGAGAUACCACAACAAAGUGAGAGAAACUGUUGUAAUCACAGUGAUAGUGAAACGUGCGGUCAGAGAUCAAUUCAAUGCCAUGGCCAUUUAUCAACUCAUCGAGAAGAACAAACAAGAAAGAUUGGCGGAAUUAAUGAGACCUCCAAUGCCACCGCAGCCUCAAAAUCCGCCACCGAUUCCGCCACCGAUUCCGCCACCAAAUCUACCACCAAAUCUACCAUCAAAUCCAAAUGACGAACCUCCAGCUGUCGUAGGAGUUCUUCGUGCGCCUGGACACAAUGGUAGUAGCCGCGGCAGGUCCAGAAGCAGAAGCAGAAGCAGGCAGAUGCCAGCUCGUUAUCGGUCAGACUCGAACUCUGAUUCCGAAUCUGACAGCGACACAGCCUCAACUGGAGCCUCAACCUUCAGCAGUUCCUUGGCCACUAGCAUUAGUUCUCGAUCCGAUGAACGCUCAAGAAAGAAUAGCUCACGGAGCAGACGAGGACAUAGCCAUAGCAGACACCGCCCACGGGAGCACCAUAAGAAAUACUAUCCCCACAAAAGCGAGUCGCCUGAGCCUAUAUUUCAAGAGUUUCGACGAAGUAGCGAACCAAGACCUCCUUUUGUUGGAGGAGUUGCCCCAAUUACUGCUCCCGAUGCCAUUGCUCAAGCAUUUCAACAGGGCAGAGAGGAAGAAAGAGCAGCCGCCCAGUACUAUCUAUCGCAGUCCCAGCGACCAAUCAUUAUCGAUGACCCUUCAAGAGCUGUGGUCCCUGCUGGCACUCGCGAACUUGAGCAUAAUACCGCGGCGCUACGUUACCCACCCCGUCGACAUGCGGAGGUCCCGAUGGUGGGAGCGCCUCAAUAUGUAGAACCUCAAUAUUUAAGGCGCGUGCCUAGACAGCGAGAACCACUAUAUAGUGAUCGACACCUUGAUGACGUGUAUGAAGAUGACGUUGCGCACAGUAUCAUACGGAGUGUGAGGCCAGUUCCACAAGAGGCCGCCUAUAGACGCCGACUCUCUGACGUGGAAAAUUAUAUUGCUCGAGAUUCAAUCCCCCGUAGAAUCCCAUUUACAGGACUUCGCCCUCAGAUUCUUCAAGUUCGUCAUCACCAUCCGUUCGCGCCAAGAAGUCCACCACGACAUCGAUAUACUUCUAGUUACAGCAGUGAUAGUGCGUACACAUAGGUGGAAGACUUUUGAAUCGAGUUGUAUGCUUUCGAUGCCCUAUUUUCCUUAGUUUGACACGAUGUGUUAUUGUUUCGGCGUUCUCAGUCUUGGAGAUUGAAUCCCUAUGGAUGGGUUAGUAAUACUUACUGUGUAUCAAUUGGUACCGGGAAACUGGUGUUGAUUUAUGGUAAACUGAUGGACCAAUGCUAUACCUCCGGCAGUGGAAGCAAUGCAUGAUUGACGACUCAUGGUCGUAAAGUACCUAGUCCUUCUCCUGUGUAGUAGAUACAUGUAGCACUAAAAGUUAUCGUAAUAGCAAUUCUUCGUAUUUUUUUUAACUUUUCCAUAUGAAAAGUAAGAAAUGUAUAUGAUUGUGCCAAUUGCAGGUUUUAGAUUCAUAAUGGAAGCAGACUUCUUAAGUGGACGACAAUGCUGUGAGAUAAAUAUUCCAUGGCGUGGGACGAGUUAAGCACAUUGAUGCCCAAGACUGAAUUGUACAGUCAGAAGUCCCGAGACAAUGCAUCUCGCUUGAUUGAAACACCACAAGAGCUCAAUUCGUUGGCAGUUCUGAUAGGAUCAAUCUUGGCCGUUGUGCAUUUUGAGCUUGCAAUUGGACAUUGACGAAUACAUCCUGAUGGCACUGAGGCCUUUAGGAUAACAGAUCUAGUUAGUCC